UACGAUAUAAAAGAAACAGCUCUCAGGGACCACGGCCGCCGACUCUGUGCCCUGGUAUACCAGUCUUUGUACGCGGGCAGAAGUUCGGCGAAUCGUCAACCAAAAUCAGCGAGCAGUGCAGUCAACGCUACAAAAGUUGCAACUGCAGAGCUUUCUGCUCACAUUCUUGCUGCAUUCUACUUCUUAGCGAACGAAGCUCCUUUUCCUGCUACCAAGAACUGGUGGCAACAUGUCAUCGGGACUCCAGCUUGUCUUUGGCAAGCAUUGUUCUUGGCCAGACGCGUACUCCCAAACCGUGUGGUUUUCGCCAUUUUGGAUAAAUUCUGGACGGCCGGGGUGGCAGGCCCAGUGUGGAAUCUCGCUAAGAAAGACGGCACAAUGGCAGGAGGUAAUCUGGGUCCUCGCAUGGUCCUGGGUGCAGUUGAGGCAGCCCUCAGAGGUCGUCUACUGCACUGGAGAGACGAGGCAUACGUAGAAAUCGAAAGAGAAGCCGUUUAUAGGGACGGAUGGCUGGGCAACGGUAUCAGGCCGGAUGGGUGCAUUCAUCAGCACAAUCUUCGGCUGCAUCGCUCUGACUCACCUCAAGUUCUUCACCAAAUGUACAGCAUCAACUACGGCAAGGAAUUUUACAGGCACGUUGGUCUGGUGAUGUGGUGGCUCCACGACAGUCCCGCAUUUCUGGGAAACUUCAUUGAAUCUGCGGUGGUAGAAGCAUUCCUGCAAUGCCAAGUGUGGCUCCACAGAGGCUCAAUUGUCGAGCCCAGCAGCACUGGUCGCCACAUCGACUCAGGUCGGCUGGUGACGGAAGUUGGGGCGCAAGAUGCUAUCGAACGAGCAGUGAAAAUCUUGGUUCUUCUCGGCCACUAUCAAAAGGAACUGAACGCUGCUCUGCACCGCUACGAAAAUUUAGUUCCAUUGCCAUCUUACGCAAGGAAAGCGAACCGACAUUUUUACAGUUCGGAUGUGAUGGUUCAUCACCGACCGCAUUUCUUUGCCGGUUUGCGCUUGACGUCGAAAAGAUCUGUACGCCCUGAAGGCUUCAGAAACGGGCCCAACUCUGAUGGUUAUUAUCAGGGAGACGGAUGGCUUUCCAUUAUCGCGAACGGUCGAGAGUUUGGCUCGAAGAACCGCGAAGUCUUCCAAGUGUUCGACUGGUUCAAAGUGCCUGGCGUUACGAGUCCCCUCGCACACACACAACAGCCCAUGCAAGUCUCAUUCACAAGUGACCGAGCGGCGCAUUUCACAAACUCUGCUCAUUUUGUCGGCGGUGCCUCGGACGGCUACACUGGCGUGGCAGCGAUGCUUCUUAACCGAACUACCACUGAGUUGACGGCCAAAAAAUCCUGGCAUUUCUUCAGUGACUGCGUCGUUGCUCUCGGCUCAGAUAUAAAUCUGCUCCAGCCGGCACCAGCCUGUGAAGUAGUUACGACCCUGAAUCAGGUGGUGGCAGACGGUGAAGUUACAGUAGGGUUGAGGGAUGGCAAGACUGAAGUCCACGGCAGUUCGAGCGCCCCUCAAACUUGGGAUGCCCGCUGGGCGCACCACGAUUCUCUUGGCUACGUAUUUUUGCAGGACGAAUCUGAGACUCCAUCUCAAAGUCAGCUCAUUAGGGUCAAGAAAAACUCGCGGAGAAUAAAAACAAACGAAGACAUUCCCGUAUUCGAGUAA